UCAGUCAGAUCGUCUACAACCCACAACAUGGCUAGUACUCCGACACCCAAUCGUACACCUGAAAUCAAAUAUACCCAGAUUUUCAUAAACAAUGAAUUUGUAAACUCUGUGAGUGGAAAGACGUUUCCAACAUUUAACCCGUGUACAGAGGAGAAGAUAGCAGAUAUACAGGAAGGAGACAAGGAAGAUAUUCAGAAGGCAGUUGAAGCCGCAAAGGAAGCAUUCAAGAUUGGAUCACCAUGGAGACGAAUGGAUGCUAGUAAACGCGGAAACUUGUUGCAGAAGCUGGGAGACUUGAUUGUACGGGAUGCAGAUUACCUGUCUAGCCUAGAGACCCUGGACAAUGGCAAACCCUACCAGAACGCUUAUGCCACUGUUGUUGCGUCAGGAAAUAGUCUCAGGUAUUUUGGUGGCUGGGCAGACAAAAUUCAAGGAAAAACCAUUCCUAUUGACGGAGACUUCUUCUGUUACACCAGACACGAACCGGUCGGCGUUUGUGCUCAAAUUAUCCCGUGGAACUUUCCAAUCAUUCUUACGGUGUGGAAGUUGGGUCCAGCCCUGGCCACUGGUAACGUGGUAAUCAUUAAACCUGCCGAACAGACACCUCUAACGGCUAUAUACCUCGCGGCGUUAGUCAAGGAGGCAGGAUUUCCUCCAGGAGUCGUGAACGUGGUCCCUGGGUACGGUCAAACCGCUGGAGCCGCACUGUCAGGUCACAUGGAAGUCGACAAAAUCGCUUUCACAGGCUCUACCGAAGUUGGACACAUCAUCAUGAAGGCAGCAGCUGAGUCUAAUCUGAAGCGUCCGACACUAGAACUAGGAGGAAAGAGUCCUAACGUUAUCUUCGCGGAUGCAGAGAUGGGUAGUGCUUUGAUGUGGGCGCACGAGGGAGUGAUGUAUAAUUCCGGUCAGGUGUGCACGGCCGGAAGUCGGACAUUUGUCCAAGAGGACAUCUAUGACACGUUUGUUCAGAAGAGUGUGGAGCUGGCCAAAGCGAGAGUUGUAGGCGAUCCUUUUGAUCCCGCCACCAAAAACGGACCUCAGAUAGACGAUGAACAGUUUAAGAGAAUAAUGGAACUGAUUGAGUCUGGUAAGAAGGAAGGCGCCACAUUGGAGUGUGGAGGAGAAAGAAUCGGGGACAAAGGCUACUUUAUUACCCCAACCGUGUUCUCCGGAGUCCAAGAUGACAUGCGCAUAGCUAAAGAAGAGAUCUUUGGCCCUGUCCAGCAAAUCAUCAAGUUUAAAACAAUGGACGAGGUGAUUGAGCGAGCAAACAAAACACAAUAUGGCCUGGGCGCCGCUAUCUUCACCAAGGAUAUCGACAAAGCUUUUACCUUCUCACAGGCUGUGAAGGCUGGAACCGUUUGGGUCAACUGCUACAAUAUCCUAAGUCCAAUGGCUCCGUUUGGUGGAUUCAAGAUGUCAGGUCUCGGACGUGAGCUAGGAGAGUACGGACUUCAACAAUAUACAGAGGUGAAAAAUGUGGUGGUGAAGAUUCCACAGAAGAAUUCGUAA